UAAGCAAAAGUAACAAAAAUAACGAUUUUUUGUCAAUAAAUUGUCUAUACAUAUCAAAGAAAGAUUCAUGCACAGUUCCUCUUGCGGAACUGAUUCUAUUCUUUCGAGUAGUCGUUACUCGAAGUUCGAAGGAGAGUCACUCGAUUCGACGCCACUUCGGUAUGAGGCAAGCCUUCGAAAAUAUUUAUAAACUAUUACGACCGGGAGGACAAGCUUUGAUAUUAUUUGUAGCAAACCAUGUAAUUUUCGAAACGUAUCCAAAACUGUACGACUAUCCAAAAUACCAGGCUUAUAUGGAGGAUUAUUUAAACUUUGUACCUUACUUCCAAAAUCACGACGACGCAGGAACAGCAUUAAAGAAAAUGAUCCAAGGAUCGGGUUUUGAGGUCCUACACUGUUGUAGUCGAAAAAGAACUUGUAUUUUUAAAAAUUGGGAAAUCGUAAAAAGUAAGCAAAAAAAUAUAUCAAGAUUUAUGUUUUUGGAUAGUUUUGAAAAGGAUAUAAAAGGAAAAAAAUACAAAGAGGAUCUUUUGCGCGAAGUAUCGAAUUUCGAAUAUGCAUUUCUGACGCAAGGCAACGAAUUAUCAGAACAGCCCAAACUAUUUGGAUAGAUACAGCGUGCUAAUAGAAUAUAUUAAAAAGCCAGCAGCUUAAUUUACUUUGAAAGAAAGAAACUGUUCAAGAUAAUAUGGGUUUAAUUCUUGAUUAAUAAUUUUCUGUGCACCUGGAAGAUAUUUACUUGAAAGAAGAAUACACAUCCUUACCCGAGUAGAAAUGAUACUUCCGGGUAGGGUCCGCGCCGGAUCCGAAGUCUGGAAAACGAAUUACGGUCAAAAAUAACACGCGAGAUUUUACGGCACGUAACAUGGCUGGCUUCUGGGCCGGAUACGGUGCCGUAAAAAGUAAAUUUCGUAUUGCGGCGUGUAUCAAAUCUUAUAAACAAACGAAAGCAUAGUUUGUCUUCAAAGUUUUUACCUCCUCAAAGAUUUGCAAUGCGAUUUUCAAUUAUGUAUAUUAAGUUAAACUACGAAUAUUGGAAGUAAGAGAAAAUAUCGAACACCAAUAAAAAUCACAUUUUUGAGGUUAUGUUUGCUCGGUCUAUCAUGGGUUUGACAGAGUCUUACUGCGAUGUUCCGGGUACAGUCCGGCAGCAGUAUGGCUGGACCCGGCCAGAUCCGGCCCAGACAUUUACCAGGUUACAUGCCAGUUACAUUUAGUCCCGGCGGCCGGAUUAAAUUUCUACUCGGGUAGGGCCAUGGACUUGGUUAAAACUGAAAAAAAAAGAAUUAUAAAACUAAGAUCUAACUAGCAGUAUUAUGUUGAUCGUCACACACACACACACACACACACACACACACACACACACACACACAUACACACAAAGGCUUUGUGUAGGCAUUAAAAAUUAAUGCCUAUACAAAGAUCGCGCGCGGAAAUGAACAGCCAAUCAUCGGGGAUCCUGAGUACAAAAUAUAAAAUUAUAACUAAGAUUAAAACUACUUAUUUAUUUUAAAACCUCUUACACAAUCGCGUACGUUGCGUAAUAAUCUUUUAUAUUUCAGAGCAAAAAGUUUCAGCCGUUUAUAAUAAUAAGAGUUAACUAUACUUGAUGCCGCUAAAUUAAUAUUUCAUUGGUUAGCUGAACAAUUCAGUGAACACGUAGAGAAAAAGAUAAUUGACUUAAAAAUUGAAGCCUCGUAUACUAGAAACUGUAGAAUACUUUUAACAUUAAAAUAAUAACAAAUAUUCGAUUAGUAGGAAGCCAAGUGUCAAUGACUUAUUGGCAGUGCUUUUAUAAUAUCUGUUUGAUAAAAUAAGAAUUAUUGACUCGUGAACUAAGGUCACAAAUAUUGAAAUUAUAUAGAUGCAUUAGUUUUAUAUUGCAACAAUACAUCACACGAUAAAGUUCACGCAAUAGGUAUACCUUACUCUUCAUUAUAGUCUCUCUAUGUCAUUAUAAUCCGUAUACUGAAUUUAUAAAAUGUGUAAUGCAGUAUCCAUGCAGUUUGGAAGAUAGUGGUUGAGUAUAGAUUUGUACUGUUCUUGAAAAAUAGACAAGAG